GCUGGAAGUCUAGUGGAGCAGGAAUAAUCCAAGCCUAGACUGGGAGCUCUGGCCCCCCUCCCUUGCUCAGUACUGUUUUGCUUCUCUCCCCGAGACUACAGCAUAGCAACAACAACCAGCAACAAACUGCAGGAGCGAGUAAAUAUUUAAGGGUAUUAAAAAGAUUUUGACGUCAGCCUGCACCAGGCACAUCUGCCCUUAUAUGGCGAAGGCAGGUGGCGUUCCGUGCCGAGGGAAGGAGGGAACAAAGGUCACCCCCGUGCUUGCUUUAUUCAGGUACAGUCCGUCUCCAAGGUGUCGCGUGCCCACCAAGCAGUCUCCACAACUAAGUGUCAGAUCUCCCCGGAAGGGACCAAUCACAAUGGUGGAACUUAAUGCCAAAGUCACCAAGACUCUGAACAAAACAACGCCUGGUCUCCAAAUAUGGAGAAUUGAGAGCAUGGAGAUGGUACCUGUGCCACCCAAAACAUAUGGAAACUUCUAUGAAGGGGAUGCCUACGUCAUUCUCUCGACCCAUAAAUCAGGGAGCACCUUCACUUAUGAUAUCCACUACUGGCUUGGAAACUCAUCAUCUCAGGAUGAACAGGGUGCAGCUGCCAUCUACACUAACCAGAUGGAUGAGCACCUUGGUGGAGUGGCCGUACAACACCGUGAGGUCCAAAACUAUGAGAGCGAGGCCUUCCGGAGCUACUUCAAACAGGGUAUAAUCUACAAGAAGGGAGGAGUGGCUUCAGGCAUGAAGCAUGUGGAGACCAACACAUACAAUGUGCAACGCCUCCUGCAUGUCAAGGGCAAGAAGAAUGUUGUGGCUGGAGAGGUGGAGUUGAGCUGGAGCAGUUUCAACUUGGGAGAUGUGUUCCUGCUGGAUCUGGGCAAGCUCAUCGUCCAGUGGAAUGGUCCUGAGAGCAACCGGAUGGAGCGACUGAAGGGGAUGACGCUGGCCAAGGAUAUUCGGGACCGGGAGCGUGGUGGCCGAGCACAUGUAGGUGUGGUGGAUGGUGAGAAUGAAGCUGCUUCUCCUGGACUCAUGAAAGUCCUCACCUAUGUGCUGGGAGAGAAGAGGGAUAUACAGCCAGCCAUCCCAGAUGCUGUGGUCGACCAGAAGCUGAAAUCUGCUCUUAAACUCUACCAUGUCUGUGAUGCAGAAGGGAAUCUACUCAUCCAGGAAGUUGCCAUCCAGCCCCUCACCCAGGACCUCCUGAAGCAUGAGGACUGCUACAUCUUGGACCAGGGUGGCAUGAAGAUCUUUGUCUGGAAGGGAAAGCUGUCCAGCAAAGAGGAGAGACAGCAAGCCAUGACACGGGCCUUGGGUUUCAUCAAGGCAAAGAACUAUCCACCAAGCACCAGUGUGGAGACUGAAAAUGAUGGCUCUGAAUCAGCUGUCUUCAGGCAGCUCUUUCAGAAAUGGACUGUCCCCAAUCAAAGUGUUGGCUUUGGCAAGACCAACACAGUUGGAAAAGUAGCCAAAGUAGAGCAGGUGAAGUUUGAUGCUACCACUAUGCAUGCCAAGCCUGAGAUGGCUGCCCAGCACAAAAUGGUGGAUGAUGGCUCUGGAGAGGUGGAGGUCUGGCGAAUUGAGAACUUGGAACUGGUGCCAGUAGAGAGCCGCUGGCUAGGGCAUUUCUAUAGUGGCGACUGCUACCUCAUCCUCUACAAGUACCAAGUCUAUAAUAAGAUGCACUACAUCCUCUACAUUUGGCAGGGUCGCCAUGCUAGCAAGGAUGAAAUCACUGCUUCUGCUUACCAGGCAGUCAUUUUGGACCAACAAUAUAACGAUGAACCUGUGCAGGUGCGGGUGACCAUGGGCAAAGAACCUGCUCACCUUAUGGCCAUUUUCAAGGGGCGCAUGGUGGUCUAUACGGGUGGUACCUCCAGAGCUGGCAAUACAGAUCCAGUGCCCUCUACCCGUCUCUUCCAUGUCCACGGGACCAAUGAAUACACUACUAAGGCUUUUGAGGUGCCUCCCCGGGCCUCUUCCCUCAACUCUAAUGAUGUUUUUAUUCUCAAGACUCAAAGUUGCUGUUACCUCUGGUAUGGAAAGGGUUGCAGUGGAGAUGAGCGGGAGAUGGCCAAGAACGUAUCUGAUCUAAUCUCCAGGACUGAGAAAGUGGUGAUAGCCGAGGGCCAGGAGCCGGCAGAAUUCUGGGUGGCGCUGGGCGGGAAGUCUCAAUAUGCCAGCAGCAAAAGAUUACAAGAGGAGACGCUCUCCAUCAUGCCUCGGCUCUUUGAGUGUUCCAAUCAGACCGGGACCUUCCUGGCCACGGAAAUAACAAAUUUUACUCAAGAUGACUUGGAAGAAGAUGAUGUAUUCUUACUGGAUGCCUGGGACCAGGUUUUCCUCUGGAUUGGCAAAGAUGCAAAUGAGGCCGAGAAGGAGGCUGCUGCUGUCACUGCCCAGGAAUACCUCCGGACUCAUCCUGUAAGCCGUGACCUGGAUACUCCCAUUGUGAUUGUGAAGCAAAGCUAUGAACCUCCAACAUUCACUGGUUGGUUCCUAGCCUGGGAUCCUCUCAAAUGGACAGACAAGAAAAGCUAUGAAGAUCUGAAGGCUGAACUGGCUGAUGAUAACAGUCUUGAGCAGCUCACUUCUGAAAUCCUGGGAGGAAAAGACGUUUUCACUGCCAACACUGCCUUUGGCAGUGUGUCCUUGUCGACAUACCCUUUGGAGAAACUAGUGAACAUGUCGGCUGAGGAGCUCCCCAAAGAUGUAAAUCCCGCCAGGAAGGAGGACUAUUUGUCAGAAGAUGACUUCCUUGCUGUCUUUGGCAUGUCUCGACAUGAAUAUGCUGCUCUAGCUGUAUGGAAGCAGCAGUCCCUCAAGAAAGAAAAAGGACUUUUCUAAAUUUAAACUUCUGUUAGGUAGAUGCAUAUUUUUAAUUUAAUUAAUUAGUGCUUGACAACUGGAGCAUCAACAGAUUAUCAAGCGAAUGCCCCCACCGGGAUUUUUGCAGGUGCAAGUUAUUUUAUAACCCCUCUACAGAUGAUUUUAUUCCAAGCACUCAGAGCAGGUGGAAGAAAGUAGCCUUCAGCCUGGGAUAGGGAACCUUUAGUCUUCCAUGUUUUGAGCUAUAAUUUGCAAUAAAUCCUUAGCAUUGGC